AUGGCUCAACGCGGCCAUCUGAUCGUCUUUGAAGGCCUCGAUCGAUCUGGGAAGAGUACGCAGUGUACCAGACUUGUCGAGCAUCUUCGCUCUCAAGGCAAAGAUGUUUUUCAUCAGCGCUUUCCCGAUAGAAAUACAGUUAUUGGACAGAUGAUCAAUGGCUAUCUCAGUGGAGCUACUCAACAGGAAGAUCACGCUAUUCACCUGCUGUUCUCAGCGAACCGCUGGGAGGCUGCAGAGUCUAUCAGAAAACAUAUCGAGGCUGGCACCACAGUCGUGGUGGACAGAUAUUACUAUUCUGGGUGCGUUUACUCGGCUGCUAAGCAAAAUCCAACCAUGGAUCUGGCAUGGUGUCGACAUCCUGAGAUUGGUCUGCCGAGACCAGAUCUCUGUAUUUUCCUGGACAUUUCAGCUGAGGGUGCAGCGAAUCGGGGUGGAUUUGGAACAGAAAGAUAUGAGAAGCAGGAAAUGCAAGAUCGAGUGAGAGAACUGUUCAAGGAAAUGAGGACGCAUCAGGAUGAAGGCGAAGACAUUGUGGUUGUCGACGCCGGUGGGAAUGUGGCAGAAGUGGAGGAGGCUAUCCAUGGUGUCAUUCAACAGCGGCUGGAUGGCGUUGGAGCGCAAUCAAGGACAUUGCGGACGAUCCAGCCGUGGUGA